GCCUGAGUUGAGGUAGGAGGUUACAGGCUUACCUGUGGCCAGUUUGAACCAUACCGACCAGAGGAGAGGAGGGGUGCCAGUUUAGGGUGGUGUGUGUGUGUUCUCGUCCCUGCUGGUCGGGGUACGAGUAGGGAGCUGGUCUCCCUCACCGGAUGGUUCCAGAGGACUGACCCCAUUUCACACUGUACGCUAGACAAAGAAAAUGAGUAAAAUGCAGGUGGUGGAGGGUUCUGGGGUUGUUCAGAGGUUGGAGGAGGUCGUGGAGUUUGAGAGGGAGGGGUACGUGAAGGAGUUCACUCGCCAUUCCAAUGAUGUGCUCCUGAACCUCAACGAGCUGCGUCGUCGUGGAAUCCUGACCGACGCCACGCUGUUCGUGGGCAGCGCCAGGUUGCAAGCCCACUGCGCCGUCCUCAUCGCCUGCAGUGGGUUUUUCUAUUCCUUGUUUUCCCGCCGGGGGCCCGGUGCCUGCGGUGUGGAGCGUGGGGUGACCCUGUCUCUUCCGGAGGAGUUGGAUGCGGGGAGCGUGUCUUUGCUGCUGGACUUCAUGUACACGUCUCGCCUCCCCCUCACGCCCCACACCGUUACCGGGGUGCUCGCCGCGGCAACCUACCUGCAAAUGGAGCAUGUAGCAGACACCUGCAGGGCCUUCAUGCAACAAAGCGAGAGGACCUGCGUCCCCUCUCCUCUGAUGGAGCUGGCCUCCAGACACUCUCCGACUCCCCCUGUUGGAAACUUUCAUAACUCCCUGAUGAGUGGCAGCUCUCCGCCUGCCCAGCUUUGCGAUUCCACCAGACCACCUGCUGAGGCUGAGGACCAGAGCCGUUCCAGAGCCAGGAUUCCAGGGGAGGGCUGGGCCCCAUCAGAGCCAGGGGAAUGCCUAAAGCCUGUGUCCAGGCCCAGGAGUCUGAAAGCGGAAGAGUUGUCCCCACCGGGCCCCUCCACUCCAUCCCCAGGAAGCCCUUCCCAGUCCAGCUGCCAGCCCAACUCGCCCGCUGAAUCCAACACCUGCAGUCUUACUUCAUCACUAAUGAUGAAUCACACUGAGGUCAAACCUAUGCCAGAUCCUAAGGCCUGUAACUGGAAAAAAUACAAAUACAUUGUCCUGAAUCCUCUGUGUGCCACACCCAUCAAAGAGGAGGAGCCAGGGGAGAGGCAACAAGAAUGUGGCUCCUCCCUGUCCAGCACUGAUAGGACAGUCAUUGCUCCCAAGCCAUCCCCUGAGACAUAUUCAAUGGAGAAUCCAAGACAGGACCAGGGUCUUGUCUGCCCAAAAAUCUCCUUUGGCCCCCAAUGUGAACCUGUGCCCCACUCCACAGACACUAUCAUGGAACCUCUGACAAGCCCCGACCGAGAAAAUGGAGCUCCUUAUAUGCUUUAUCAGCGCCCAAACAAUCCAGUAAAGUUUGAGAACCAGUGUUCCUAUAUCUGUUACCCUGGAAACCAAAGCAACGCUAAGACUGUAUGCAAUGGAGACAAGCCAUAUCGCUGUAACGUGUGUGGUGCGCAGUUCAACCGACCUGCUAACCUGAAGACCCAUUCCCGCAUUCACUCGGGAGAAAAACCCUACCGCUGUGACACGUGUGGAGCUAGAUUUGUUCAGGUAGCUCAUCUGCGGGCCCACGUCCUGAUCCACACAGGGGAGAAACCGUACCCGUGUCACACCUGUGGCACACGUUUCCGUCACCUGCAGACACUCAAGAGUCACCUGCGUAUUCACACUGGAGAGAAACCGUACAGCUGUGAGAAGUGUGAUCUGCACUUUCGUCACAAGAGUCAGCUGAGACUGCACCUGAGGCAGAAACACGGCGCCGUAACCAACACCAAGAUCCGCUACAAGGUUCUGACCGACCCAUACCAACCUGGACCCCCUGUCCUGCAGGCCUGUUAAAAAAAACUGACAUCCCCCCUGCCACCCUUCAAAAGAAAAAAAAAGGUCAUAGUGUUACAGUGAUGAGAAUAAGACUAAAAUAUAUGAAAAAUGAAAAGAAAAAGAUCAGGAGAAUCAGAGAUGCCAGCAAACAGAUAGGCAUCAAAGUCCAGAGGGAACUGACAGGCUCUUCAGGAGUGUAACUGAGCCACACUACAUUUUACACAUGCUGACAGUCACUUGCUUUUUUAUUUUUGUCUUUUCCCCUUGAGUUAUAAAGAAGUCUGAAAGCAUAAGAUGCUUUUUUCAGAAGAAGCCACUUGAUCCAACAGUGACCCAAGGAGCCUGUUUGGUUUUCUUAUUUAUUUAUUUUAUUUUUUUUAUUUGCCUGGACUUUAAGCAUGAAACGAGACAGAUGGAAUGUGUAGGUGUGUGUUAGGAGUUUAGAUAAAGGAACUGAUGUGGAACACACGGUGGGUUUAAGAAGAGAUAGUACUCUAUAAAGAGACUGUGAGGGAAUCUUUAACAGAUCAUUUGAGGGGAAAUGAAAUGUUUAGAAAGGACAAGUAAGUGUACUGGGAUUGAAAAAAAAGAGAGGAAAAAAGAACGUUUAUUUGUAGGAUUUACUUAAAUACCCAAGUGUUUGUCCCUAUUCAUGCUCUGGGACCUGUUCCUCACUAUUCUGCAUUACAAAUCCUUGGAUGCAGUCCACAAAAAAUAUACUCAAGCUUAGCAGUUCAAGUCAAACAUUUCCUCAUAGGUUUGUGUGUCUGAGUGUGUGUGUGUGUGUGUGUGAGACUCUGUGUGUGUGAGAGAGAGAAACUGUAAUU